CAGAAGCUCACCUCCGCUAUCACCAAGUGUGACUUCUGCAUGGACAACCCGGUCAUGCCUAAACAUCUGAUGGUUAGUGUGGGGAUUAAGACGGUGCUGAUGUUACCUACGGGUGAGUCCAUGACACCGAAUCAGUGUCUGAUUGUACCUAUGGCCCACGUGGUGGCGAUUAAUGAGCUGGAUGAGGAUGUCCAGGACGAAAUUAAGAUCUGCAAGAAGUAUCUGACCAAGAUGUUCAACAGAAUAGAUAUGGACUGUGUGUUUAUGGAAACGGCGAUGCGCUUCAAACGACAGCGACAUGCUGUGCUUGAAUGCGUACCAAUGGGACGGGAGGAGGGGGAGAUAGCUCCCAUGUGUUUUAAGAAGGCAAUGAAUGAAAGCAUGUCUGAAUGGGGUGCCAACAAGAAAAUCAUCACAACCAGAAAUGGCGCGAAAUGUCCCAUUCCCAAAGGCUUCCCCUACUUCCACGUGGAGUUCGGAGUGGAUGGAGGGUUUGCCAAUCCAAUCGACAACGAAGAGAAAUUCAAUCACUUCUUCGGCAAGGAGAUCGUUGGCGGGAUGCUGGAUUUAGAGCCUCGAACGUGGCUGAAAUGGCACAAGGAAUCGUUCGAGAAGCAGAAGCGGAAAGUGAUCGAAUUCUCAAAACUAUGGCAGCCGUUUGAUUGGACCCAGACUCUUGGCGAUGAUUAGUGGCUCAGGCAACAUUACCUGAGUAUGUCUGGAGCAGGCGUGACUGAUGUCCGUACCACCUAUAUGGUGGUAUAUGCCCAUGGUCAGUGACAGCUACCACAGUUACCACACCGAAAGCCCGUGCUCUACGCAGAGUGAUGAUAAUUUUAUAAAUAAUUUAGAAGUAUGUAUGUAUGCUUGAAUUAUUUAUAAUCUAUCUCGAAUAAUCACAAAGGUUUCGCGAUAUACUAUUAGUAUAUUCAAGACUAUUCAUAUCAUGCCAUACAACAGUAGGUAAGACUAACCAUACCAUUAUUAG